AUGUAUGUCGUCAAGCGCAAUGGCAAGAUGGAGCGAGUUCAGUUCGACAAGAUCACCUCAAGAAUCUCGAAGCUCUCCUACGGCCUCAAUCUCAACUUCGUAGAGCCCCUUGUAAUAGCACAGAAAUGCGUCAAUGGUCUCUACUCUGGUGUCAAGACUUCCCAGCUGGAUACCUUGGCUGCUGAAACUGCGGCCUAUCUCACGACAGAACAUCCUGAUUACUCCAUUCUUGCUGCACGUAUUGCGGUCUCGAAUCUCCACAAGCAGACCAAGAAGGUUUUCUCGGAAGUCAUGACCGACUGCUACACUUACGUCGACCCCUCCUCGGGAAGGAAGUCACAGUUGAUUGCUGAUGACGUGUACGAGAUCAUCAUGGCAAACAAGGAUCAACUUGACUCUGCUAUCAUCUACGACCGUGACUAUAACUAUGACUACUUUGGAUUCAAGACUCUUGAACGAUCAUACUUGCUCAAACUCAACGGCCAAGUUGCUGAACGUCCACAGCACAUGCUCAUGAGGGUUGCGAUUGGAAUCCACAAGCAAGACAUUGCUGGCGCAAUCGAGACCUACGAGUACAUGUCACAGAAGUAUUUCACACAUGCUAGCCCGACUCUCUUCAACAGUGGAACCCCGCAUCCUCAGAUGUCUUCGUGCUUCCUGCUUCACAUGAAGGAUGACUCGAUCGAAGGCAUCUACGACACCCUUAAGGUCUGUGCCCAGAUCUCCAAGUCGGCCGGAGGGAUUGGUCUUAGCGUGCACAACAUCCGAUCGCGAAACAGCUACAUUCGAGGAACCAACGGAACGUCAAACGGCCUUGUCCCCAUGUUGCGAGUCUUCAACUCCACUGCUAGGUAUGUCGACCAAGGCGGAGGGAAGCGCCCUGGGGCCUUUGCGAUCUACCUCGAGCCAUGGCACCCCGAUGUGUUCGAGUUCUUGGACCUGCGCAAGAACACUGGAACGGAGGAGAAUCGCUGCCGCGACCUCUUCCUCGCCCUCUGGAUCCCCGACCUCUUCAUGGAGCGUGUGGAGAAGAACGAGGACUGGUGCCUCUUCUGCCCUUGCGAGUGCCCGGGGCUGAGCGACACUUGGGGCGAGGAGUUUGAGUCCCUCUAUUUGAAGUACGAGAAGGAGAACAAGGCCCGCAAGACCGUUAGGGCUCAGGAGCUCUGGUUUGCCAUCCUGGAGGCUCAGACUGAGACCGGAACCCCUUACAUCCUCUUCAAGGACCACUGCAACCGCAAGAGCAACCAGCAGAACCUUGGCACGAUCAAGUGCUCGAACCUCUGCACUGAGAUCGUGGAGUACACAUCCCCUGACGAGGUGGCCGUCUGCAACCUGGCCUCCAUCGGACUGCCGAUGUUCAUCCAGGACGGUCAGUUCAACCACCAGAAGCUCAUGGAAGUCACCCAGGUGAUCACCCGCAACUUGAACAAGAUCAUAGACGUCAACUACUACCCCGUCGAGGAGGCUCGCCUCAGCAACAUGAGGCACCGACCCAUCGGCAUCGGCGUGCAAGGCCUGGCCGACGUCUUCCAGAAGCUCCGCAUGCCCUUCGACUCCGAGAGCGCCAAGGCCCUGAACCGCGACAUCAUGGAGACGAUCUACUACGGUGCCGUGACUGCCUCCAUCGAGCUCGCCGAGAAGUUCGGGCCCUACGAGACCUACCAGGGCUCUCCUGCCAGCAAGGGUAUUCUUCAGUACGACAUGUGGGGAGUCGAGCCUUCCUCGAGGUGGAACUGGGCUGAGGUGAAGGAGAACCUUGCCAAGCACGGAAUGCGCAACUCCCUCCUGCUUGCUCCCAUGCCGACCGCCUCCACCUCUCAGAUCCUCGGUAACAACGAGUGCUUCGAGCCCUACACCUCCAACAUCUACACCCGCCGCGUCAUGUCUGGCGAGUUUGCCGUCGUCAACCCUCACCUGCUCAAGGAGCUGACCGAGCUCGGCCUGUGGAACAAGGAUAUGAAGAACCGCAUCCUCGCCGCCCAGGGCUCCGUGCAGGGCAUCUCCGAGAUCCCCGAGGAUGUGCGGGAGAUCUACAAGACCGUGUGGGAGCUCAAGAUGCGAUCGCUCAUCGACAUGGCGGCUGACCGCGGCGCCUUCAUCGAUCAGAGUCAGUCGCUCAACCUCUUCAUCGCGGCCCCCAACCCAUCCAAGCUUACCUCCAUGCACUUUUACUCGUGGAAGAAGGGACUCAAGACCGGUUGCUACUACCUCCGCACCAGGCCUGCCGCCGACGCCAUCCAGUUCACUGUGGACAAGUCAGCCCUGCAGACCUCGAACAAGGAGAACGUGAUGCCCUCCAACACCAUGGGGCAGCUCAUGAAGAAUGUCGACGACGACAUCCGUCAGACUCAGUUGGCCGCCGCCAAGCUCGCCUGCUCCCUCAAGAACAAGGACGAGUGCCUGAUGUGCUCCAGCUAA